UGUUAUUUAGAAAGUCAGUUAGCAUUAAUUAACUCCGGGAAGCAAAUUGAACUAACUAAGAUUAAUUUAUUGAGGACAAUAUCGAAAUGAAUGCAAAUUCAUUCAUAGGAACUGACAACAACAACUAUGCGACCGACAAGAAUGCUAAAAUUACCACAAAGACGUUUAAAGCAACAUUGGUUUGGAAUAAUCUCGUCGAUACUUUCAAGUCAAAAAUGCAAUGCAAGAAAAUAAGACGAAAUCUGAAAAUUUAUGAAGAAUGUUUUACGGGAUCGUCUGCAGUUGAUACAAUGUAUUUCAUUUUACUAUCAAAGCAACAAUUUGGAAAUAUUUUACGAAUCCAGGUUGCCAAACUCUUUCAAAAAUUCAUUGAACAACAUCUAAUCGAAGAUAUUCAUGGAAAAUGGAUGAAAGAAAAAUUUGUUGAUUCCGGAAAGCUCUACAGAUUUCCCAAAGAUCCUGAACUCUCUCCACUCGAGAAAACUGCCGAGGCAACAAACUCUCCUCAUAGAAGAUCCAUAUCACUCCGUUCAUACUUCAUUCAACCAAAGCUGACCACACUACGAACAAAAAAGUCAGUCAAAAAAUCUCCAUCGGUACUAAGAAAAUAUUCAACUUCAAGUUCAAUGUUCGAAUUCUCAAAGGAAGAAAACUCUUGUGCUGUUAUCAAAGUUGCGAGAUUCUUUUUAACAUCGACUUCAAAAGUUCAAAAUGAAAAGUUUUGAGUGUACUGAAAAAUUUAAUUUCGUUAUAUCGAGAAUGAAUGGAAAGAGAAGCGACCAAUGCAAAUCAGAACUCAACGCUUAUUAUUAAUCCAUUCGAACUUAGAAUACUUUAUGUGAAACAUUUACCUAUAUCUAAUCCACAUCUCUUUUCUUUCUCUUUACACUUCUUUUUAUAUUUCUGUAUUUCUUGUAUCUUUUAUUG